AUGGCCACCGAUAUCUUAGCUGGCCAGCCUCUACGUCCAACCACCCCAGUCCCGGGACUGUGGCUCCUCGACGCACCAGAUACCCUCUAUGUACGCGUGUACACUGCGCCGCCUCUCGUCCAGGUCGAACCUCCACCUGAAUCGGCCACGCCUGCUUCUGAUGAGGCCCCACCCGAUCCCAAGCCCGAGGCGCCCAGCCUCUCACCGGCACACCUCGCGAUCCCAGCCAUCGCCCACUCGCCGGCCAAGUCGCCGACCCUCUCCCUGCCCAACAUCAAGAGCCCAACAGCCCUACGCUCUCCAGUGGCCGCUCUCAAGAGUCAGCCCACAACUCCAGCGCCCACCGACGCCAAGCUCUCACCCGUCCGCACAACUGCCAUCCCGCCCCCGCCCCCUCCAUCGCCGUCCCGUACCUUGAAGCGGCUGCGCAACGACGCGCUCGAGCGUGCGUGGCUCGCCAUCAACGCGUCAGAUACCGACGUGACUGCAGCGGCAUUGAAACGCCCCUGCGCCGUCGUAAAGCCCGGGGACGAGAGGCGCGAACUUUGGGUCUUCUCGCCAGAUGACGCGCCUAUCCCUGGUCUCGAAGAGCUGGGUCUCACUGAGGUCGAUGUACCAGAUCCAAUACGGAUAGCGGACACCGUGACGUGCCCGGAACACGGGCACUCGCUCUCCUGCCUCGCGCCAGACGGCGAGGACAGGUGUUUCCCUACGUUCACGCCGCCGGAAACGUGGCCGCUUCUCGAGUGCGCGGUCGGCGAGAAAGUGGCGUGGAAGCUUGGCGCGCGCCUGUCCCUCCUCCCGUCGGACGCGACGCUCGCCGAUCCGCCGUUCGUUGUGUCACUACACCCUGCGGCGGGCAAGCUAAUCCUCACUGCUCAGCUGCGCCCAUUACCUCGUUGCGCCCCACAGCUGCAAAACGGCACCGACCCAGGCGUGGACCCGCUUGUACUCCGCCCACUUGCUCUCCCCGCCCUCCUCGUUGCUCCCAUUACACCAACCCCGGCGCAGGAUGUGCGGUUAUCCGCGGCGUUCGACCUAGCUCUUGGGCCUGGAUGGAAGAACGGGCGUUCCGAGGCGCGCGUCGCGGCGCAGGCGGCGCACGGCUCGGCGGCCGACUGGAGCGUCUACUGGGUCCCAUUGGAACGGGGGGAGGAGGAUCUCGCGCGCACUCUCCCACACGCGCUCGCCUCCAAGUGGCGAGGAUCGAACGGCGUGCUCACAGUCUGGCCAACACAUAUGGCAAGACCCCUUGCUCGCAGCAUUCCCUCCCUCUCCGCCAAGCUCGUACCGUCAGACGCAGUGCUCGGCUCUGCGACUGAUCUGAUGGGCUCGGCGACCGAGGUGUUCAACUUCCUUGGGAGCUAUACCGCUCCUGCAGAGGAUGAGGAGGAGGACGUUGAGCCGGAGGACGUUGAGCUGGCCGAGGUAGACGGCGAUGUGACAAUGGACGACGCUGGCAGGGAGUCGGACGUUGACGAUUUGUUCUCCGCGCACACGUCGCCUGCUCCUACGGCGAGCCGGGCAGUGAGCCGCGCGCCAACGGUCGGCACGGACGCAGGGGACCUGUUCACCACUUCGGCGUUUGGGACGCCGCGUCUCAAUGCACUCGACGUCAACAUGGGUAUGGACGAGGACUUGUUUGGCGAGGACGCGGACGACGACGCGGCUACUGUCGUGCCCGACAUGGAGGCGGCGGACCAGGCGACAGUAGCUGAGCCCAUGAUGCUCCCACCCCCAGUGCCUACCACUACCCAACAGUCCAGCAAAAUGGGGUCACCGCGCGAUGUCACAGAAGACGACUUCAACUUCUUCGACUCGCCGACUGCCGAGACAAGCCCCGCCAAGAUAUUCCACGCUCCGCAUCCGCCGCUGGACGACCACACUGGCAAGGAGCUGGCUGUGCUCGCAACCCCGGCGGUCAUCUCCCUUUCUAUUCCCCUGCCUGAGGUCACACCAGCGAGCCUUACCCCUGUCGCCGAGGAGGAGCCUGAGCCCGAGACCGUAACGCACGAAGCCUUGCCAGAACCUGAAGUCAUCCUCGCCGAGGUGAUCGAGGAACUCGUCGUCAAACCUGCACCCUCUACGACAGAGGAGGAGACGCAGAAGCGCCGUUAUGUCGACAUCGUCCCAGACGCUUUUGCGUCUGUGCAGUUGGGCAUAAGGAAACGACCAAAAUUCGCAUACGGCUUACCCUCGCCUGCAGCGACAGUUUCCUCCUUGAGACUGAGCUGCGUCGAGAGGCUACGGGAAAGCGUGUCCGGUAAGGACAAGGAAGAACCGCUUGCCUACUCCACGGCGUGGGACAUUGAGAGCGACGGCAGUGACUCGGAGUGCGAGUCGGCAGUCACCACCGGCGCCCCACCUACACCUUCCAGUACGGCAUCGUACGAUGACCGGACGCCCACAAACGAGCUCGUGGCUAUCCCGACACUGUCCGACGACGAGGUCGAAUACGACGGUACCGUAUGUGUUGGCGGCGAGUGGACGUCGUUGCAGUUCGACAUCAACGCCGCCGCGACGCUGGCACGCACUUGGGCGACGGGGUGGGUCGACAUCAAACCUGACGCCGACUUUCCUACCCCGAAGUCGCCGCCGCCGCACUCCAGCGAGCCACAGCAACCAACACUCAACAUCGAGGUGCUCGCCAACGCGCUCGUGCGCAACUCGUUCUUCCGUUCCAUGUUCGAGACGGCUGAAGCCACUGCACGCGAGGUGUGGCGCCCACCAUCUAUGAUAGUGCGCGGCGGUGUGCCAAUCAGCGACGUUGCUGCGGGGCUGGCGGACGGCGACAAGUAUUCGCUCGAGCAGCCUUCUGUCAACACCGGCUAUGGAAGUAGCAUCUUGCGCAUCGGCGUCGCCGCGUUGCGGUACUGGCGUGAACUGGGACUCAUGCCGUCGGGCGGGCCGAAGGACCUCGCUGCGUUCGUGAUCUGCGCGCCUGGUGCAUACAACGUCAGGCGUGCCCAGGACUUCCUCACAGACAUGGGCGAGGUUUUUGAAGCGAACCGCCUCGGCACCCUCGUGGCUGGCACGCACGAACUUGCAACUGAGGGUGUGGCUGCGGUACCCUCUGUUGAGGUAUCGUCCACGGCGAGCCGCCUGCGUGGCACGUCGCUGGGGGGGAAGCCGACGGUAGUGUUUGUGCUUACGUCCGCGACGACGCUUUCGCACGCCACGCUCGCACCGCUCCUAGCACCUAAGGCCCAGACGAACUGGGUGUACCCGCUCCCACUGUCAGCUUUGCACCCUUCCAACUUGGCCACAGUGGCGUUCCAGGUUUACGACCUGGUGCCGCGCCAGGUUGACCGCGUGACAAUGUUCGGCAAGCCCCUUGACAUGCCCAAGGUCUGGAUGCCUUACCAUGCUUUCACGCUCGCGGGUGAGGCGACGCCCAAACCCGAGCUGAGCAUGGCCUGGCCGCAGCGCAACUACGACGUGCUGAACCGCUGGCGCUUUGUGCACGCGGCUUACGCGUGGGUGCCGGAAUGGGAGACGGUGGUUGUGGCGGUGGCAGACAGGAACGGGGAUGCACUCGAUGUCCAGGCGCUCAAGAUGGACAGCUGCGUGGCGCGGGACAGAGUCGCGCGUGUGUGGGAGGUCGUGCGGAGCUUUGCCUCCGAGGCCGCGACUGAGUGGCGGGCGAGCGUAACCCGGCACGGACUGAUGUUCGCCGACGAACUUGAUGCGUGGAAGGAGUUGUACGCGUCCCACUGUGACGCGAUGAGCCUGCUCAUGUGCGAGCCGUCAGGCGAGGGCCCGAACCGGACACGCACGCCCGUGGCCAACAUUCCGCCGAGCAUGUUGGCCGACCCGAACGCAUCCAUUGUGGACGAAACGCUGGCAGGCUCCGCGGCGGGCUUUACGCACCGCCUCUGUGUAACCCUCCCGGCCGGCCGCACUGGCGAGACACGCAUCAUCUUCCCACCGACGUCGUUUGUGCUCGGCAUAUCGGGCCCGGCCGCAACUGGCGCUGCAACGGCGACAUACCAUGUGCUGCAACAUCGUAACCCGCCUGGCCGUUCUGAGAAAUCCGACGAGCUUCUUGGGCCAGAGUUCUAUCGCCUCGCAUGUCUGGGGAGGAGGCGGUAUACCCUCGGUUACCUUCCGCUGCCGCUGGACGCUGUGGGCGUCGUCGCAGCGGCUCUUGGGAGGGUAGAGAGACCGGAGGAUAAGGAGGAGCAGAUGAAUGAAGACGACUAG